AUGGGAAAUAAAAUACCUUUUAAAAUAUUUGAAGGUGAUGAUACAAAAAAAAGUAUUAAUAAUGUAUGUAAAAAUGAAGAAGAAAGAAAAAAAGGUGUAGCCAGUUUUUUACAAGAGCAUUUAUCAAUAAACAGUAGCAAUAUGGAAUAUAAAAAUAUAGAAAAUGAUGAUCAUAUGAAUAAUGAAAAGAAUACUCAAGAAUAUAUAGAAAAUAAUGAAAAUGCUGAAAUAGAAAAAAUAAAAAAACAAAAUUUUUAUUUAUUUGAUGAAAGUUUAAAUUCAAAUAAUAUUAAGCAUCCAUGCCAUGCUCAAUGGUUUUUAUUUUGGGUUUUUGCAUCUUACUUAAAUGAUAAAUUUUCAGAAUCGGAAAAAGAAUAUGUUAAUUCCUUUUAUUCUUAUUUUCCUGAUCAAUGUAUUGAAGGAAAAGGAAAAAAUUGUUUUACUGAAUUUAUAAAAAUAUAUCCUAUUAGGGCCGAAACUAAGGAAGAAUUAAUGAUGUGGCUACAAAUGUGUGAAAAUUAUUGUAGAAAAAAAGCAGAUUUACCUCUGAAAAUUUUUAAUUACAACAAAUUAUUAAAAAGGUGGAGAUAUGAUGAUGAAUAUGUUUAA